AUGUCUUUGGACAGCAACUGUCGCAGAGGAAGGGAUGGGAGCUCUUUGCCUCAUUACUUGCCUUGGCCGACUCCGUAUUCUCUGGGCGUUAAUGUUUUCGCACAACCGAUACCAAUCGAACAUAACGUCUAUGUCUUUCCCCCUUUCGUUCUCGUGGGACCGUUGCUGCGGUACUUUUUUGAUCAACGCCGGCGUUUCGCUUUUACCAUCGUUGUCCCUCGUUUCCUCCCGCAUCGCUAUUGGUGGGCAAUACUCCAAGCAAUGGCAGUAGAUUCUUUUCUUCUUGGGCGGAAAGGUGACCCGGCCGUGUUGCUUUUCCCUUCCCGCACCUCCCCCGAUUUCAUUGCUAGGCCCUUGCCUUGGGAUCUGUGGGUUUUUCGUUGUGUCUGCUCCUGGUAAGCUAGGUAUUUAUGCUUGUCUCUAUAGAUCGAACGCCCAUGGAAGCCUGCCUGCCGAUGUCCCGCCUGCUCUUAUCCAAACGGCAGUGACGCGAACUUUUGCCAGGCCUGCGGUAAACCCCUGUCGCGUGAGCCACCGCAAGGGACCCGUCCACAUGCGGACAUGCCUUUGAUCAACAAGCGUUUUACAGAGUUCCAAGAAUCGUAUAGGAGCAAACCUUAUGAACGGCAAAAGGACUCUUUAGAAGUUCAGCUGUCGAGUUUCUUGUGCUCUCUUGUACCCCCGAAGAAAGUUUCUGCUGCAACCGCGGAAGACAUCGUAAAGUUUUUGAUUAGCAAGGAUGCUGCGGGAAAACAGAAACUCCAUGUGCGCUCUUGCUCUAGUAAGACCUGUAGUUGCCCUAAGCGUCUAGCAGCCGGAACUGUCGAUUCAUAUAUAGGGAAACUUAGAGCGAUUUUCAAUAGGUUAGGCCGUACAGGGUUUUCUAACCCGUUGGCACAUCCUUGUGUUAAGGAAUAUCUUAAGUUUGUAAGAGAGGAGCAAGCCCAGCAACCUUUGCCCCCUCGUCAGGCUGUCCCUUUGUUCUAUGACAAAUUCACCCGUUUAAUUGCCUAUCUUCGCGGGCUUAUUGCCGAAGGCUCUGCGCUUUCUCCUCUCAAUAGAUACCUCCUGGUCAGGGAUAUAACAUUCUUUGUUAUUGACUUUUACGCUGGUGAUAGAGCAUCCGAUUUGGGCCGUUUGAAGGCAGAUCAGCUUUUUCGCCUUAAGGAUAGGGAGGGGUUCCUUCUCAACUUUACGUUUAGUAAAACGAGGCGUGCAGGUCAGUUUCGCCCUUUUGCUCUGUUACGUAUUCCAAAUGUACCUCUCUGCCCGGUUUUUUGGUUGAACUAUUAUAUUGCCGCGUGUGGGGCAUUAGGUGUCCCUCUUCAUGGUGAGUACCUCUUUAGGUCUUCGGAGCAUAGAAAGUUUGUGUCACAUCGUCCGUUCGGAGGGUCAGCCGUAUCUGCACGGCUCCAAAAGUAUCUUAAGGCUGCCAACAUUAAUGACGGAGAGACCCCUCACAGCUUUCGUGUAGGAAUUUCAUACACCCUCAAGGGUUUGGGAUGUACUCCGGAGCAGAUUGCUCAGUACGUGGGUUGA